ACCCCAGAGUCUUGGCCUCUAGGAGGUAGGGACGGGAGGCCGGGGCAGCCCAGAGGACUCUGUCCACAGUGUAGAUGAGGACGCGCUGGCUCAUGUCCCGCAGGGAUGUAGAGGGCAGCCUCAGGGGCACCGGGCGCUCCCGGCACCAUGGAUGACGCUGCCGUCCUCAAGCGACGAGGCUACAUCAUGGGGAUCAAUUUGGGAGAGGGCUCCUACGCCAAAGUCAAAUCCGCUUACUCUGAGCGCCUCAAGUUCAACGUGGCGGUCAAGAUCAUCGACCGCAAGAAAGCCCCCAUGGACUUCCUGGAGAAAUUCCUUCCCCGGGAAAUUGAGAUUCUGGCCAUGCUAAACCACCGCUCCAUCAUCAAGACCUAUGAGAUCUUCGAGACGUCAGACGGCAAGGUCUACAUCGUCAUGGAACUCGGGGUCCAGGGCGACCUCCUUGAGUUCAUCAAGACCCGGGGGGCCCUGCAGGAAGACGACGCUCGCAAGAAGUUCCACCAGCUGUCCUCGGCCAUCAAAUACUGCCACGACCUGGACGUCGUCCACCGAGACCUCAAGUGCGAGAACCUUCUCCUCGACAAGGACUUCAACAUCAAGCUGUCCGACUUUGGCUUCUCCAAGCGCUGCCUGCGGGACGACAGCGGCCGGCUGACGCUGAGCAAGACCUUCUGCGGGUCGGCGGCGUACGCGGCCCCCGAGGUGCUGCAGGGCAUCCCCUACCAGCCCAAGGUGUACGACAUCUGGAGCCUGGGCGUGAUUCUCUACAUCAUGGUCUGCGGCUCCAUGCCGUACGACGACUCCAACAUCAAGAAGAUGCUGCGCAUCCAGAAGGAGCACCGCGUCAACUUCCCGCGCUCCAAGCACCUGACGGGCGAGUGCAAGGACCUCAUCUACCGCAUGCUGCAGCCGGACGUCACCCGGCGCCUGCACAUCGACGAGAUCCUCAGCCACUGCUGGGUCCAGCCCAAGGCCCGGGGCCUGUCCUCCGCGGCCGUCAACAAGGAGGGCGAGAGCUCCCGGGCCGCCGAGCCCCCAUGGACCCCUGAACCCAGCUCCGACAAGAAGUCUGCCACCAAGCUGGAGCCCCGGGAAGAGGUGCGGCCCGAGCCCCGGGCUGAGCCGAGCCCUGAGGAGGAGAUGGCGACGGUGCAGGUGUCCCAGCAGUCAGAGGCCGUGGGUCUGCCCAGUGAGCAGCCCAGCAAGACCGAGGAGGGGGCGCCCCCGCAGCCUUCAGAGACGCACGCCUAGCCCACCUGUUGCGGCCCGGGCGGCCGGCAGGGAAUGAGGCCGAGCUUGGGGCCCCGAGCCCGAGCUCCAGAGAGGCCGCGGGACCAGCCGAGAAGGAAGAGGGUCCCGGACGUGCCGCUAUUUUCGUCAGUUUCUUCCCCUCCCUUUGAACUUGGUAACUCACGUGGCUAAAGAAGCAAUAAAUCACUAUAUUACUGCA